AUGUCCCAAAUAUUGACCUCUCGGCAGGCCGAUGAGCUACACCGAGCCCUCAUCGCAUACCUAACUGCCGCCAACCUCCCCAACACCGCCGCCGCUCUCCGAGAAGAACUGAACCUAGGCGAAGAUGUCUUUGAUCCGGCUACGGCAAAGAAGUACGAGGGCCUACUAGAAAAGAAAUGGACCAGUGUAGUCCGACUUCAGAAAAAGUCGCUUACCCCCCUGGUCACGCAGAUUAUGGACCUCGAGUCGCGAAAUCAUAUCCUACAGUCAGAGCUCGACAAUGCGACGCCUACAUCGCGACAGAACAAAGACCCCGUCGCCUGGCUACCCCGAGCACCUCCCCGACACACGCUUCAAUCACACAGAGAUCCCAUAACCUGUGUAGCAUUCCACCCUGUUUUCUCGUCUCUAGCCUCCGGAUCAGAGGAUCAGACCAUCAAGAUCUGGGAUUGGGAACUGGGCGAGCUGGAAAGGACGAUCAAGGGCCACACAAAAGCCGUCCUCGACGUCGACUAUGGCGGCCCCCGCGGAAACACGUUGCUAGCUUCAUGCAGCUCAGAUCUAACCAUCAAGCUUUGGGACCCCCUAGAUUCGUAUAAAAACAUUCGAACUCUUCCUGGCCACGAUCACAGCGUUAGCGCCGUACGGUUCAUCCCUGGGUCUGGCAACCUCCUGGUUAGCGCCAGUCGCGACAAGACGCUAAGGAUAUGGGACGUUAGCACAGGAUACUGCGUCAAGACAUUGCGCGGCCACGCCGAAUGGGUGCGCGACGUGUGCCCAUCGUUCGACGGGAAAUAUAUACUCUCCACCAGCGACGAUUACACAAGCAGGCUGUGGGAUGUGACGGUAACAAACCCGGAGCCGAGGGUGACCCUGAUCGGCCACGAACAUGUCGUCCUAUGUUGCGCCAUUGCACCUCCAGCCGCAUACCAGAACCUUGCCGCCAUGGCCGGUAUCAAGAAACCGCCCGCGACGAGCUCUGCCGAGUUCAUGGCCACGGGCUCUCGAGACAAGUCGAUCCGGUUAUGGGAUGCGCGCGGGACAUGCAUCAAAACCUUGGCUGGUCACGACAACUGGGUGCGAGGGUUGGUGUUCCAUCCUGGAGGGAAAUACCUCUUGUCCGUAUCCGACGACAAGACGCUUCGGUGCUGGGAUCUUACACAAGAAGGCAAAUGCGUCAAGACGAUCGGGGAUGCGCAUGGCCACUUUGUCCAGUGCAUCAGAUGGGCCCCGUCGGUUAUCAAGGAUGUGUCAGUGAACGGAGACAAUGGGGAACCAAACGGCACGCCAAAGAAGGGAGCGGCUGUCACCCCAGAUUCCCAGAUCCGCUGCGUUAUUGCGACAGGAAGCGUCGACUUGAACGUCAGAAUCUUUGCCAACUGA